AUGAUCAAGCGUCAUAUUCCAAAUCCCAGCGAUUCUGAAGUAAUGCAGGCGCUCCAGAGGGAAGAGCUAGCUCUCCACUGCAGGAGAAGGACACGUGGCACCGAUGGGACUGAACGUCUUAUUUCGAAACUGAUCAGUUCCAUGGAUGGUGACAAGGGCCUGGAUAUUCUUGGUGUGCCCCUCAUCAACACUGAGAAAAUGAGAGACAUUUGGCAACAACAGAGUCGACAUGUUGGUUGUAUCCAGGACCCUGAAGCUAUCCAGUUGUACACCUGCAUGGGACAGAAGACGGGAUGCCUUAACCAGCAAAGAGGAGAUGAUCCCAUCUCCUAUGAUGGUCCACUGCAGCAAGCAGUCAACAAGUUGUCGUCAGAGGUGCUGGGGAAAACAUUUUGUCCAAAUUUUGUGCCACCAAAAAAGUAUACGGGGGAACGUCUGGGUUUAGAGUACUUGUUUGCUCAGUCCUCUGCACAAGACCUGGGCUAUGCAGAGAUUGCUCAAGCCUUGGAGUCAGACACUGCUGUUUCAGAAGAGCAGCCAGAGGCUUUAGAAGAGGAGGGCUUUGUGGAUGCUAUAGAGAUUGAGGAUGUCACAGUUCCAAUGCUGGAUGCUAUGGCAUCUGAGGAACAAGUGCAGACAGGGGAUAUUACUAUGGGUAAGCUGCAUUUUGUGUUAGUUUUUCAUCAGUUUUUUGGAAGGAGAGAUGUGGCUGUUGAAAUAUGCUGGACGUUUAAGUUUUAGGUUAAAGUCUGAUUUAAAAGAAAAUACACAAUUGGGAUAUUGUCUUCAAACCUUAUGUUCUGUAUUCCUGACAGUUCAAAUGCAAUACCCCCAUUAUCUUGAAAUAACUUUUUGGGGACAGAGCUGUAAUCAAAAAAGUUUGUAUCCGUGUGUGUAAUACGUAGCUUUAAGGAUUUGCAAAUGAUACAUCUCUGGACUUUUGUUCCCGCUUUCUUUAAACUCUCAUUACAGAAUUUUGUUACAGUAA